AUGGAAAGUGGCCUGCAGAGCAUCUUAACUCUUGUAUUAAUUGCAGAGUUCAUGACUGGGAAUUUGAGCAAUGGCUUCAUAAUACUGAUAAACUGCAUUGACUGGGUCAAUAAAAAAAAGCUGUUUUUAGUUGAUCAAAUCCUCAUUUUCUUGGCAAUCUCCAGAAUUAUUUUGGUGUGGGAGAUACUAGCAAAUUGGUUUAUAGUUCUGCAUUAUCCAGCCUUAUUUGUAGUGGGAACAGAAUUAAGAAUUGUUAUUUUUACCUGGAUAGUUGCCAAUCACUUCAGUCUCUGGCUUGCUACAAUCCUUAGCAUCUUUUAUUUGCUCAAAAUAGCCAGUUUUUCCAGCUCUACUUUUCUCUAUCUGAAGUGGAGAGUAAAAAAAGUGAUUCUGAUGAUACUGCUAGGAACCUUGGUCUUCUUGUUUUUAAAUGUGCUACAAAUACACAUACAUAUUAAAGACUGGCUGGAUCCAUAUGGAAGAAACACAACUUGGAAUUCCAGAAUGAGUGACUUUGCAACAUUUUCAUGGCAGAUCAAAUUCACUGUGACUAUAUUCAGCCUAAUACCAUUUACUGUGGCCCUGAUCUCUUUUCUCCUGUUAAUUUUUUCCCUGUGGAAACAUCUCCGGAAAAUGCAGCUUAAUUCCAAAGGACUCAAAGACCUCAAGACCAAAGCUCACAUAAAUGCCUUGAAAACUGUGAUCUCGUUCCUCCUACUCUAUGCUUCUUUUUUUCUGUCCCUUCUCAUAUCAUGGAUUUCUGAUUUGUAUCAGAACAAACUGGUCCAUAUGCUUUGUCUGGCAAUGGGAUCCAUCUAUCCGGCAAUCCACUCUUUUAUCCUUAUUUGGGGAAAUGCUAAGUUGAGGCAGGCCUUUCUUUUGAUGACAGCUAAGGUGUGUGCUAAAAGAUGA